AUGCCAAAACUAUCUGAUAAACACAUAAUACCAGAAAAAUUUUCAAAAAUGAAGGUUAAAUGUGCAACCCAAGUAUUCAGUCAAUCAGUAGCAGUUAACAUGGGAUAUUUAGCAAGUAAAGGAGUAAUUGACAAAGAAUGCCAAGACACAGCCGACGUAAUAUUAUUCUUCGACAACCUGUUCGACUCUUUAAAUGGUAGUUACCUAAACUCGAAAAAGAAAGCAGGGAAAGCUCUUCUAGGACCAGUAAGACCCAACUCUAUCCAUAAAAAAGUUUGGCGUGAUGCUAAGCAAGUAUUACUUACCAUGAAAUUUGUUAAAAAUGGAAAAACUACAGUUGUUCCAAGUAUAACAAAUUGGCUCCAGUCAAUCAAAAAUAUGGAAUAUCUUGUUAAUCAAUUAGAAAAACGGAUAGAUUAG